AUGAAUGCAACUACUGAAGAUUCCAUUCAUGGCGAUCCACGCUACGUUAACUACAAAUUCGAUCCGUUUACUUUUCCGUUUUUAGUCGCAUUCAUUCCUCUUAUUUAUCUUAUACCUACAGUUUUUGUGAUAAUGUUUAUUCUGAAAGUAUUUAUUCGGCGAUUACUGACAAAAAAACACGAUUUGAUGAACCCUCAUGUUUUUCUCGUAAUUGUGCUCUCACAAGUAACGAAUUUCGGUUACACGUUAGCUGAUUAUUUUGUCAUUCGUGCACCAUCAACAGGAAUAAUGACUUCUUGGUGCGCUUCUCAGAAGCCUAAUCAUUUUUUGAAAAUAAUUUUCUUUUUUUCAAUAUACUUCAACUACACUGCGUUUCUUUUUCCAUUAUUGUUAUCGGUUCUAAGACUCAUUCCGUUUAACUAUCCUACUAGGCAAAAACAGCUCUGCUCGAAAGUUGUAGAAUUUUCGAUUCCGUUCAUAUUUCUCUAUCCGUGCAUUUUUACAUUUACUCUCAAUCCGGCGCUUGGACUGUGUCGACAGUACAAUGUUUUGUACCAGUUUGGGCAUAUUUAUGUGUUUUUCAUUAACAAUUGGUUUAAUGUGAAACUAGACAAUUUUCUGGUACCAAAUGCGAUUUUCUGGUUAUUUCUUUGUACAAUAACCAAUGUUAUUUCAUAUAGAAAAAUGAAAGUUCUAAGAAAUAAGCAAAAAAGUAAAAAACUUCAAAGAGCUGAGCGGUCAUUAACUCUUACAACAGUCUCUAUGCUAUCUGCCCAUAUCAACAAUUUAAUUUUUGUUAUGAUUUACAUGUUUUACUUCUCAGUAUCUGCUUACCUUGCGGCACUGAGACCAUUUGGUAACAAUUUCGAUAUAGUUUUUUCCACAAUGAUAUUCUAUUCGACUCAUCCGGUUUUCAAAAAGAGAGCAACUACAAAUGCUUUCUUCAAUGUUAGAGCUCUCAAUUUGUGA